AGCAGUUUUGGCUCAGCUCGUGCUAGGGGCCAGCGUGCCGUCUACAGGCGGAAUCAUGGAUCAAUCUGAGGCCGUGCAGGCGGCGAGGGCCAAGCUGGCGCAGAAGUUCGACGCCGUGCGCACCGGCGGUAAGGGCACCCAGCGCCGCCGGAAGCUGGCGAAGCACACCACCAACACCGCGGACGAGAAGCAGCUCCAGUCGCAUUUGAAGCGCUUGGGGCUGAACUCCAUCCCAGGCAUCGAGGAGGUGAACAUGUUCACCGCGGAUGGGGGGGUGCUUCAUUUCAACGCCCCCAAGGUGCAGGCUGCGGUCGGGGCCAACACCUACGUGGUCUCGGGCCAGCCGGAGACCAAGCGCCUUGAGGAGUUGCUGCCAGGGAUCAUCAACCAGCUGGGCGCGGACAACUUGGCGAACCUGAGACGGAUCGCCGAGGGCUUCCAGGCGUCCGCCCAGAACGACGCCGGAGGCGACGAUAUCCCGGAUAUUGGAGAGAACUUUGAAGAGGUCAGCAAGCAGUAGCUCGGAGCGAUCCGCGCUUGGAAG